CGUGCCACAUGCAAGGAUUGGUGUUCAGCACUCCUACCCGUUGUCAUCCCGUCCCCGUGGAUCUUCUUAGUCGGCAAGAACAGCGAUACCUGCAACUUCUUGUCUUUCCCCACCAGACGCUCCUUCACCUACUCCCUUCUCCCUGAGCUCCACGGCGUGCGGUAUGUGGGCUCUCAAGCUGGUUGGCUAGCAGUCUACAAUGAAAACCUGGAUGUCAGCCUCAUAAAUCCUCUAACAGCGGCUCGAAUCUGCCUCCCCUCCUUCCUCACCCUACCCAAUUUUGAGCUCGUCGGCGGCAGCUGUGUCCUUCCUCAUCUCAACCGAAUCUCCCGUUUUUUUGUUUCGAAAGUUAUCUUCUCCGCAAAUCCAACUACCCAUAAUUACAUCGCGGUGAGUCUCUAUGGCACUCCCCAAAUUGAAAUCGCCUACGCAAAAGCAGGCGGAGACAAGUGGAAUCUUCUUCAGACGACAUCGACUCAGAAUCGUUCAUACGAGGAUAUCAUGUACCACAAUGGGAAAUUCUACUGCAUAACAGGUGAAGCCGAAGUCUUCGCUUUUGACCUCAGUGGAGUUUCUCCCACCGUGACGGUGGUCGCCGAGAGAACGUCACUCGGUUUGACAUAUUUCGACUAUCACAUUCCUUGCUUCGGUGUCAUACAAAUUUACGGCAAAUACUUGGCGUGCUCGAGCACCGGGGAGCUGUUCCUGAUUUUUAGGCGCGAAGUUCACUGUCAUGAAUCGCUGGGAUGGAAGGGUAUCAUGGUUUGGAGGUACAAUCCUCAGCGUCAGCCAUGUUGGGAAGCUGUGAAGAACUUGGGGAAUAAGUCCUUGUUGAUCGGUAUCAACAACGCUAUAUCGAUUUCUACCGAGAAUUUUCGAGGUGUACGACGAGAUUGCGUCUACUUUAUGGAGGCGCUGGUCAGAACCAUAGUCGAUGACCGGCCCGAAUUCAUUCUUAGAAUUGGAGUGUUUGAUGUGGAACGGGGAAUGUGGGCGCGGGCAAACUAUCAGUUAGAAUCACACUCGCAGCCACCCAUCUGGUUCACUCCCUCCAUGCUGUGAACCAAGAAACGAGUAGUUCUUGCUCUUAUUUGACUUACAACUCCUACUACUACAUAUAGAGAUGAUAGAUACAUUA